AUGGCCCCAAUCCAGAUCCCCCUCGAUAUGAUCACGUCGCGCUUCUCCGAUCGCUUCAACAGCGUCCGCGCCCAGUCGCUCAGCUCUCGUUUCUCAAACCUGCGGCCCAUCUCCGAGUUCCUGGACCUGAAGCGUCUGUCCAAGCCUGCCAACUUCGCCGAGGUCCAGAGCCGCGUCAACUACAACCUCUCGUACUUCUCCAGCAACUAUGCCCUGAUCUUUGUGAUGCUCAGCAUCUACAGCCUGCUCACCAACCCCCUACUUCUGUUCGUCAUCAUCUUGGUGAGCGGCGGUCUCUAUGGCAUUGGGAAGCUCGGCGGCCGUGAUCUCGACAUCGGCGUCUUCCGCGCGACAUCUUCGCAGCUCUACACCGCUCUGCUCGUCGUUGCCGUCCCGCUGGGCAUCAUUGCCUCGCCCAUUGGAACGGUCCUGUGGCUGAUCGGUGCUACUGGCGUGACUGUGUUCGGCGGUCUAGGUGGUCGGCCGCGAACUCCUUACGAUAUGCCCCGAUGGGGAAGACCACCAGGGGCACGACUGGGGGGACAAGUCAGGAGACGAGUGACGCAGUGGGAGGAUGUCGAUGGCGUGCGAUUUGAGGAGAUUGACAGUGGAGAAGACGAUGAUGACCUUCAGGAGGGGGUGCGGCUCGGCAGCUCUUCGUUGAACCUACGACGACAUGCGAAUAUGGACAAGGCCAGUGCACGUGCGAUGCGACUCAGGGCCAAUGGAUACGAUUAUGACAGUGACGUUUCGGACGGCGAGGACUACGAUCUUGAUGACGAUGCGGACAGUACGGUGGCCUAUGCGGUGCAGUUGGCGAUGAGGGACAAGGAGGAGUGGCUGGUCGAGAGGGCCUUGGAGCGGAUCCGGCGUGCCCAGAUGCUGGGGAAGAAAAACGUGCGACUCUCCCAGCGCGAGUUGGAUGCUCUCGAGAGGAAGCGCAUGCAGACGGGCAGCAGCUCGAAAAAAGCCGGGUCAAAACGCAGGAAAAGUGACGAGCCAGUCCCCAAGUCUCCUUCCAAGGGCGAUCGACGGAGCAGCAGAGAACACUACGUUCAAUACCCUCUAGCUGGCGACGAAGGUGCUCGGGGAAUGGCAAGAACGUCUUCGGCUGGGUAUGGUCGACAGUCCAGCUCUUCUUCAUCUCAACGUCCCCGAACGCCUACGACACAAUCUCUGCGUCCUCAGCCCUCGAUCAGUCCACCCGACCUCCAGCAAUCGUCACCGCAUUCUCAGCGUUAUUCGACCGCUCGUCCGAUGUCGUCCUCCCGAGACUUUCCUUUUCCACGGACUCUCCCAGAUGAUCCUCAGUGGGCUCCUCCACAGCGACCUCUGUCCAACGUGGCGCCCUAUUCGCUCGAAGAGUCUCCGUAUCUGCAGUCUUACGGGCCUCCCUUGGAUCCUCGCUAUGGCGUCCAGGCUCGUCGGUACGCGGCGGGGCUAGGAGAGGCCUACCGAUCCGUUUCGAACGAGUCCAACCGGAGCAGCAACACAUCCAAGCCAGUGUUUCCCCAUCGUGCCCCUCACGAGUCUUCUCAGGAAGAGUCGAGCAGCGAAGAAGAUGAAGAGGAGGAAGAAGUUGUGCAAGUGAAGGUCAAGGAGCCGUCACCGCCGCGCGGCAACCGGACACGCGCUGCCGCGGCAGGGAUGGGCCGUCGCCGGAGUGGUCGCUGA